AUGGAUGAUGCGGCCGAAUUUUUAAAGAAGACAAUUGAAACUACUCCAUGGAAUGAAAUUUUUAUUUAUGCAAAUAAAAUUAUACAAGAUCCAACGAAAUCACAAGUAGGACUUCACAUAUGGAACGAAAUAUAUCAAUUUUAUACUUCAGAUGAUUCUAGGCAAGCUUUAUUUCAUAUUUUUACAAUUUGUAAUGAAAUUCUUACAUCUUCUACUCAUCCAGAUGAUCAGAAUGAAGCACUUAAUUUCCUUCAGUUCCAUCUUGUUCGGAUUGAAGAAUAUCUUUCAGAAGAAGAGAAAAAUAUUGGCGAACAAAUUAUUACAACUGUUCAAAACGAAAUACACAGUAAUUUAUACUCAAACCAUAAUGAACAAGAGUUAAACUCAUACAUACGCAUAGUUUGCAAUUUAGUUGCUGAAUCUCCAGAAUUUAUCCAAGAAUCUAAGUCAGAUUUUUUACAAAUUGCAAUUUCGGCAUGUUCAGAUGACUCCAUACCUAUUAAAUUGCGUAUUUCCAUGCAUAACAUCAUUGAAGCUUUUGCUGAAAUAAUUGCAUUAGAAAAUAGAGAAGAAAUUCCAAUGAUUAUCAACAAUUCGUGCAAUCUAGCAAUAGAAGCAUGCAGAAAUGAUCUCGAUUACAACUUCCCUCUUUCAUUUUUCUAUGGUUUAUCAAAAUCAUUCAGCGAUGAUGCGGAAGAACUGUUCCAAAUCUUCAUGCAGAUUGUUCAGGAGCUUACAACUAAUGAUGAUGGUGAUGAAUUGAUGAAGACAUGUUGCAAGAAAGUCUCUCUUUUGAUACUUCGUUCAAUUUCUGAAGGUUUUCAAAAAUUAUUGCAGAAAACAUAA